UCAUGUAAAGGUCACUUUUGCAGAAGGGCAACAAAAGUUGGAGUUUGAAGUAUUCAUUUUUCUCGUUUAUAAUUUCUGAUAUGUUAACUUGUGCUAGGUUGAAGAGCAAACUCCUUUUCAGUCCGCUAUCAGCUGCAUACCAGGUAAACUACCAUAGCAAUUUUUCUCGAGAAAUAAUCUGGUUAUCCGAGACGUGACCGUUCACAUGCCUUGUAAUUUUCAGCUAAUUUUCCCUCAGCUGUUUCUCUGUUAUUCAAAGCUUGCUUGUGUUUACUAUCUUCACAGUAUUGAUGUACACAUAGCUUGAACAAGCCUUUCUCUCUUCGCCUUCUAAAAACCGAUUUAAAGACUUAUUGCGUCCUGGAAUUUUUAUUAUUAUAUAAGAAUUUGGUUAAAAAAUGGGAAAACUUCUCAUAUAUGGAGCAAGGAUGGCGCAGUGGUGAGAGCACUCGCCUCCCACCAAUGUGGCCCGGGUUGGAAUCCUGGCAUCGACGCCAUAUGUGGGUUGAGUUUGUUGUUCCGAGAGGUUUUUCUCCGGGUACUCCAGUUUUCCCCUCUCCUUAAAAACCAAUACUUCCAAAUUCCAAUUCGAUCUGGAACGCACGAACAUGUUUUAACGAGUUCUUAAGAACUCCUAAGUGCUCCUUGGGUAAACAAGUUAAAAAAUUACUAAUAGAGAGUUAAGGGUAACUGUGCCAUUGUGUCCUCAACUAUGUGGUGGUAAAGUGCAAUUGCAGGGUUUUAAGGUUGGUUUUUAGUAGUGAUGGAGUCGGAGUCAGAGUUGUAAUCAGAAACUUAGAACUUUAUGAUCUAGUGAAAACAGCAUUCUGAUUCUGCUUACAACUCUGUCAUUUACAAAACUAGGAUUUCGGAGUCACAAGACAAGUCAGAGACAGAAGAGCUAAACCCCGAGUCAUAUAGCGUGGGAAUGUGCAUUGUGAUUGUUUCAUCCUUCUGCUUCUGCUUCCAACUCCAACAAUCCGGUUUUCACCAAAUCGUAAGCAACGGAGUUAUAAGCGGAGUCAGAAGAAAAUGGAAACAUUCUGGUUCUUCCGACUCCGAUUCCGUCAUGUUUAUGACUCUGCUUACGACUAGGAUUUUUGAUUUUCAUAAGCCCUCUUAUGACUCUGUUUACCACUCUGACUCUGACUCCGUCACUAGCGAAAACCAGUGCUUUGUAGUAUAAAUAAUUUCUGGUAAUCAUACAUUACACCUUUUUUAUUAAGCCAUGUUAUGGUGGGGUAGGUGUGGUACACACCACAUCUCAACUUAAAACCAUUUUGUGUUUUACUCAAAAUAUCAGAAAGUCUACAUGUCACUGUUGAAUUUCAUCCAAUACAGAAAUGUAAAUAAUCCACAAAUGUAAGGAGUGUUAACAUUAUUGUAAACAUAAUCACCAUGUUUGGCCUUGAAAUUAUUAACAACAAUUUAGUUGCUGACUUACAUGGCUAGUCUCUCAGGGAAAGUAAAUGGUCAUUUAUCCGAAAAAUUAUCCUGUAUUAUUUUGUUAUGUGUGUCUGAAUUUUUACAUUAGAGUUACCUGCUGAUUUUAUUGCAGCAGCCAGCUAAAACAGCUGGUUCUCAGCUACUAUUGACAGCUCUGAUUAUUAAGAGUGUUGUAUAUGUGAUGUCACCUCUAGGUAGCAGCACAGCGCUUUCUUCACCGAGAACCACUGCAUCCAGAAUGGAAUGAAUUGGCGAAGAAACAACUGAAAGGUGCUGAUCCUGCGAAGAAACUGACAUGGCACACACCAGAGGUAAAGAACCUUAUAACAUGAAAUCUUACAUCAUCAGAUCAUUAUCUUUCAAAUGCAGAGCAGGCAAUCACAGUUUUCCCCACUCCACCUGGUGUGCUCAAGGCCAUGACUGUUAUUUGUGGCACUUGAAGGUUACCUUAACCUUUGUUGUCUCUCAGUAGACAUAACACGUUUUUCUAGUAUUUUUUAAAUCCAUGGGGAUUUAAAAGUCACUUCAUAUUAAUCAAACAUAAAAAUCACAAGAAUAAGAGAAAUAAUUGUCAAGAAAAAAAUUUGACUUUUAGACAUUUUUAUCUUCUCUUGAAUAUACAAUAAUAAAAUAUAAUUAUUAUUAUUAUGAUUAGUAUUCCCUGUUAUCUUUUAGGGCAUUGACAUCAAGCCUGUUUACACCAGGACUGACACUCAGCAUGAAGAAGAAGAGAUUCCUGGAAAGUUUCCCUUUACACGGGGUCCCUACCCAACUAUGUAUACCAACCGACCUUGGACCAUUAGACAGGUGUGUUAAAUUAUAAAUAUUGCAGCCUUUUUUGAAAACCAUGAGACCCAUUGUCACAGAACUCACAAAGAAGAAGAUAAAGCAAUCCUGCUAACCCAGCAUUACAGUGUACCAGUGUAGCCUUGCUCAUGUGAGACCUUGGCUUUCAGUAAAGGUUGCCCAUGUAUUAUGUAGUCAUUGUACUUAAUUUAUGGUACUUUUGGUAUUCAUUUCUGUAAUUUAAUUUUUAUUGCAUGCGGCAAAACAAGUGUAGAAUCCCAUUUUCUCAAAUGUCCUACUGGCUUCCCUGCUCUGGUGGAACACUGUCUGUAAUAGGGUUCUAAAGUGACGACAUCAUAGAAAUUAAAUUUGUGACAUUAUGGGAUUUGUUGUGAUAUUCUGAAAGAAAAACAUCCAAAAGGCCUACUUACCAAAAACUAGCAUUUAAACUAGCUCAGUUAUGCUUUGAUGACUCCAUACAAAUCCUUCUAAUUUUGCCCUUGUUCAUAACGUUAAGAACCAAGUCGAAUUUAGAAGGAUUUGUGUGCAGUCAUGUCAUAAUAAUUUUGUCUUUUAUAAAACAAUGUGAAUUACAUUGUAGUUAGUGCACAAUGAAGUUACCAGUACAUGCUGACAUGUUCAAAUGUAUGCAAUUCAUGGAUUUACACAUUAUUUUUAACAGUAUGCAGGAUUCAGUACUGUUGAAGAAAGCAACAAGUUUUAUCGUGACAACAUCAAAGCUGGUCAACAAGGUCUCAGUGUUGCAUUUGAUUUAGCCACCCAUCGAGGGUAAGGACAUUGACUGUGUUUUGUUUAGGCAAAUGAGACCCUCUGCAGUUUAAUGGACAAAAUUAUAGAUUUAUUUACACUGUAACUAUUGACCCCUGGAUUAUUGACCGGUUACCGUCUAGAAAACAAAAUGCGAAACUGCUUACUGGUAUAAAAUGGUUCCUUGAAAAAUUUGGGUCUCAGAAAAUUUUGGCCUAGUCUCAAAAUCUUGGAAGUGUUUAAAUCUUGGUCCCAUUUUUGGGUGAUUUUUCAUCUUGGAGUCUGGAAUUAUGAAACCAGUGUCUCACAGUCUCACAAAGUCUCGAAUUUCACCACUCUACAUGUACAGUGGCAGAUCCAGACCUUGAAGUUGAAUAGUGAAAACAAUGUUGUGGUUGUUUUUUUAUUUUGUUUACCAUAGGUAUGAUUCUGACAAUCCCAGAGUUCAUGGUGAUGUGGGAAUGGCUGGUGUUGCAGUGGAUUCUGUUGAGGACAUGAAGGUAAAAUUCUGUCAGAACAGUAAUUUUACCAUUGCGAAAGAAAUAGUAGGUGCAGACGUGUCAAGGGUGGUACCAAGGUGUACUACGGAAGAGAAGGAAUGAAGUCGCAAAAAACUAAAUUUGUGAAAUUAUGGGAUGGGCUACUAUAUUCAAAAAGGACAAGGUGAAUAAAGCUCCCUUGCCAAAACUUAGCUCGUUAGUGCAAAUUGGUGAGGAGAAGUAAGCAGCGUUAUGCUCUGAUGACCCUAUAUAAACCCUCCUAAAAUAUGCCUGUCGGAUCAUUAAUGUUAUGAUCCUAGCCAAUUUUAGAGGGCUAGCUUUGUAUAGAGUCAUCAAAGCAAACUGGUGCUUAUAUAUAUCUCCUCACCAAUUUGCACUAACGAGCUGCUUUUUAGCAAAGGGGCUUUUUUCAUCUUGUUCUUUCUGAACAUGCUAACCAAUCCCAUUAUUUUACAAAUAUGAUUAUGUUGUGACUUCACACUUCUCCUCUCUACAUGUAUAUGCUGUUUACUCAAUCACACCAAAACUGCAUGCACUUGUUUUCACCGAUUGCUAAGUCAAAGAAAGUGGUCUAUAACAGUCCCUCCAUUGUGGGUUGGUAAGUUGAGGUGUUGGUUAGUUUGAAGUGUAAUGAUAAUUUUUAUUACAAGUUGGUGAAAAGUCAUUUUGUAUCCUUUACUCUUCUUCUAUACUGUAGAUGUUAUUUGAUGGUAUACCUUUGGAAAAAAUGUCAGUGUCAAUGACAAUGAAUGGUGCUGUGUUACCGGUCUUGGCCAUGUACAUUGUUGCUGCAGAAGAACAGGUGAUAUAUCAGUCAAUAUCAAUGGUUCUUAAUAACUUUGCUUUUUAACUGUAAGUACAUUUUUGUUAGCAUGGACAGCAAGACAUAUAGCAUACAAAUGCCUGAUAAAACUUGCACUGAUUUACGCUUAACCAGCAAUGAUAAAACCAUUAUCUCAUUAAGUACAGUUUAAGUAAUAAUCCCAAGAGGGUACUUGCCUAAAAUAUCCAACUACAUGUACUGAUUUGUAUGCAUUGUUUCAAUGGCCUUACAGCAGCUCCCAUGAGUCUACUGCUACUUAGUGGUACAUCUAGAACAUCUGGACAAGUAACGAGAGGCCGAGGGGGUGGGAAGGCAGUCAAGGGAACUUUGGGCAGACCUGUGCUGCCAAGGCCUUCUCAUUUGGCCUCCCUGUUUAAGACAGGAGACACUAAUUUCUGACCCUGGUUUGUCUUGUUUUACAUACGGAAUUAAGUAAUUUUUUACACUAAAAUCUUGGAAAUAGAUAUUUAGGAAAAACAUUAUUCGCAUUGCAAAUAUAGACUGCUCAUCGCAAGUCUCCAUGCUCUUUGAAAGGCUUCCAGUCCAAAAAGACACCCUGUUCAAGAUGCUUAGUAGUGAAAUUGUAUACCCUGUUUAAUACUCAAGACCCUGAAAACCAUACCCUGUUCAGUGGCACAUACAUGUAUUGUUUAGGCCAAAUACAGGAGUGCCCCUGCCCAGGGUCAUAGGUUUGACACCUAAUGGGAGUACUCAGACUUUUUAUUCUGAGCUGCCUGUGUCACUGACUGAAUAACCAUCUCUUUCAUGUUUGCUUUAAUGUGUGCAUAGCAAAAUAAAUACUAUCCUUCUGAAAUAAGGCCUGGAUCCUUCUCAAGCCUUUCCUGUACUGGUCUCCACAACCUCCUCCUCCCAGCCUUACCACAAGGAAAAAGGUCAUGCGGGGUCAAUAACUCCAAUCUACAUUCACUUUACUGUUGUUGCUAUAAAAUUAAUGUGUGUAAAAAUUUUCAUAAUAAAAGCAAUUUAACAACUCUGCGACUGUUUUUUAGGGCGUAAAACAAGAGCAGUUAUCUGGGACUAUUCAAAAUGACAUUCUAAAGGAAUUCAUGGUGCGUAACACGUACAUCUUUCCACCGGCGCCUUCCAUGAAGCUUAUUGGUGAUAUCUUCUCUUACACAUCCAAGGUAUUUAUGAAUUUGUAACUUGAGCAGUUUUUCACAUUGCUGCUUUAAGAUUAUGUUCUUUUAGUAAGAAAGACAUGCAGUCUAAGCUCUCGUAAGCUGACACUGUAGGGACCCAAAAAAGGUGUCCAUUGCUGAAGCCGGCUGCUUACAAGAAUUGUUCUCUUAAAACAGUGGCCACUAGAGAUGUAAGGGUUGGAUGGCUGCUAUAAGGGAAAAAAUCUUGCCCAACUACAAGUAAACAUCGAAAAUAUAAGCGCUUGGAUAUGUUACAGGUCAAAAUUAAAUCCAGGUUAAAAUUUUUUAACCUAGGUUGAUUCUCAAUUUCCUUGUCUCCUAGCCCUAAUUCAUGAAUAGUCAAGGUUGGAAGACAGAGAAAACAGAGAAUCAACCUACGUGUGUAAGUUAAAAAGUGUUAAGCUGAAUGUAAUUUUGACCUGUUACAGCUGUUCUGUUGUGUUCUGACAAUGUUGUAAUUUAGUCACGAGCAUAGAAUUCAAGAGGUGUUUUGAAGUGUAACUGGGUGUGUAUGUGAAAACACGGAAACUGGUGUAAAUUAAUUGUGACUAACUGCAAUAUAAUAUUGAUUUAUUAAAAUUCAAUGCUAUUCUGAGUGCCACUCUGGUUGUGUUUUUAGAAUAUGCCUAAAUACAACAGUAUUUCAAUCUCUGGUUACCACAUGCAAGAAGCUGGAGCUGAUGCAGUGUUAGAAAUGGCUUUCACUUUAGCUGAUGGAUUAGAGUACUGUAGAACAGGUAUGGGAUAAACAAAAACUACUGAAAUUUAGGCCUCUACUUCCUACUACUUUGGUUAUGGAACUUUGCAAUAUUUAGACUGUGAGCGGUUGUUCUUCUUACCUCGAAGCCACGUACGACGAGCAAAAACUAAAAUUAUGCAAAUUAAUGGUAAAAAGAAGCUUUGAUGAAAAGGCUUUUGCCGUCGUUCCUUGUGGCUUUGCUGCUUGCCCCUCACACUUGUUCUUGAUCUACAGUGACUCAAAAGGAAAAUUAGAGACUGCUUGCAGUCUUUAUGUUAAUUGUCUGUGCUCUGUUAUGAAACCCCAGAAAUAGGGAUGUUGUAUUUGUGAGACCAGUGGAUGCUGAUGGUGACUUUAACCUUUUAAACGUGUUCUUUUUUUUGGCUAUCUAAGGUCUUAAAGCAGGUCUGAACAUUGACAGCUUUGCACCACGGCUUUCAUUCUUCUGGGCCGUUGGAAUGAAUUUCUACAUGGAAAUAGCAAAGAUGAGAGCAGCACGCAGACUUUGGGCUCACCAAAUUGAAAAGAACUUUAAGCCAAAGAAUCUGAAAUCAUGUAUGUUGAGAACUCACUCACAAACCUCUGGGUGGUCCCUUACUGAGCAGGUAAAAGAGUGUUAAAUAAAAUUAUGUAUGUUCAUGUUUUAAGACAAUUUGUAACAUGGAGAUGGUGCUUAACAGUCGGUUUUGAAAUAUUUUUAUACAAGUGAUUUGUUUAGCCAACUCCCACAGAAACUUGUCUCAUAAAACCUACCAUGGAUACACUAGGUUUUAGAUUAAUUUUGUUUUCUUGUUUUUUUUUUAUUAUUGUGUGUAGGACCCCUACAAUAACAUUAUCAGAACAACAAUAGAGGCUAUGGCUGCAGUGUUUGGUGGUACCCAGUCCCUCCAUACCAACUCAUUUGAUGAGGCUCUGGCACUACCAACUCGCUUUAGUGCAAGGAUUGCUCGUAAUACUCAGAUCAUACUUCAAGAGGAGUCAGGAAUACCUAAGGUGAUUUUUAAGUAUUGCUGACUUUACCAACGUCAAAGCUCCCGUAAGCUGGGACCAAAGAGAUCCAAGACGUUGUUAAAAGGGCCAUGUCACGCUAUUUGCUAUCUUUUUAAAAAGCUAUCUAGCGUUUUUUUUUCGCAUCAAUUGAAUUCCAGUAAUAGACCAGUUUUGUUAUUCAAGGCUGUAUUAGGUAUUGGAACUGUUUCCUGUCGUCUUUUGCAAAGGGUGGCAAGGAUGGACAUUAUCUAAAACUUGAAAAAGUUGGGCCAACUGUUUCAAAGCUCUCGUAGAAUUUUUCAAAAUCCUAUUAAAACGCCCCUUUGACAAAAGAAACCAGAAUCACCGUUCUUCCCGGUCUACGCUCAUCUACGGGUAUGGGUAACGGUUUUUUAACUUUUGACAUGUAUAAGUUCGGGAAAAUCCGUCGACACCACUGGAAAGAGCGCCUUGAAAUUAGUUUGAAAGUGAUGCGUCUCAAGCGUGCGAAGGUAAAGCUCCGCAAAGCUACGAAAAGUUACAGAAGAAUGUGUGGUGGGGGGGUGGGGGGGGGAGGGGGCAAGUUUGUGCCGCCACAUUGCGGGCCACAAACGUCCGUGAAAUUUCGCGACUUUGAGGAGGUAUAUCUUCGUUAGUUUUCAACAAAAAGCUUUCAAACUUGGCAAUUUUACCAAGUUAAAGGCGCUCUUUCCAGCGGAGGCGAUGGAUUUUCUCUAACUUGUCCAUGUCAAAAGCUGAGAAAAACCGUGGAAGGGUCUAUCAGGGCUGUCACCAAGAUUUCAAGUUGCCGGGUAAAUACAACAAGUAGGUUGGGAAUCAAACACCUAGGGGUUUCUUUUGGUUCUAUUUUCCUAUGAAAGUAGCCAGGGGCCACGUUUAUAGUAGCCGAGCCGAAGGAAAUUCCCGGCCCCCGCCUCUUAAUGACAGCCCUGUCUAUUUACCUAUAGACCUGCGCGGAACCGGUAUAUCGAAGCGUCUCUAACGUCCGCGUCCGCUUUAUAUAUGAAUAACCGCUCACAGAAUGUAAAAAUACAGAAUUUAUAUCAGUGUUAGUAGAGUUUUCCUUUUUUCAACGCGGUUCUACAUGUAGGUUGAGCUGUCCGCUAUCCUGAUCUUCAACUGUACAUGUACCUGGUAAUUUAUCGUAACAUAUUUUCAAAUCUUCCUAAACUGGAAUAAAUAUAUUUAGGUUGCAGAUCCUUGGGGUGGUUCGUUUAUGAUGGAAAGCCUGACUAAUGAGAUUUAUGAAGAAGGACUUAAAGUCAUUAAUGAGGUAAGACCAGGAGUUUGCUUGAAUUUAAAACCAUUAGGAAUUAUGGGACGAAAAUGCCAGCUCAUCUAGAAUUCGGGUGUAUAAACUUGGGAGUGAUAACGUUAAGUUUGUUUUGACGGUGAAAGACAUGUUCGUAGACAUGUUUAAGCAUGGUUUUUAUUAACAUUACAUUCCAAAAAAGCACUCCUAUUCUACACCUGGUUACUUUCCACGUUUUUAGUCAUCUAUGUACUCAGGUAGCAUUUUAGCUCGGUUAGUUUCUAUUUCUUCUCAUAGACAGCAAAGCAAGUGAUACAUGCGAGUAAUCAUAUGUGUAACAAUUGUGUCACGAGAGGUGUUUUUUUUCUUGCGCCUGCGUAGUUUGGUCUCUCUGAUAUCUGAAUUAAGGGACUGUUUAUUGUCCAAAACAAAGCCUGAGAAAACAGCCGAAAUUUUGCGACGCUACCAGUGGUUUCCCCGCGAAAUUUCGUGUGAGGAACGAGCGGAGAAAUUCCAUACUGAUGACGCGACAUUACCCCGUUUUCCAUCUGAUUGGUUGAAGCAAUUUUGCCACACGGCACGACCAAUGAAAAGCACGACUCAGAUCCGGGUAUCUGCGCUCGUUCCUCAGACGUCAUUUCGCAAGACGAAACCAGUGAUUGCGUCGCGAAAUGUUGACUUUUUUCUCGGGCUAUCCCAGAAACUGCGUUAAUUGAUAUUCCAGUCACAUUUCUACUCUUUUUUUUUAGGUUGAAGAGUUAGGAGGCAUGGCUAAAGCAGUUGCAGCAGGAAUGCCAAAACUAAGGAUCGAAGAAUGUGCAGCCAAGCGUCAGGCCAGGAUUGACUCUGGCUCAGGUUAGAGGAGAAAAAAGCGAGAGUAGCCGGUAACGCUCGGGUUAAACAAUUUGAGGGUGGCCGGAACCUCAACUUUUCACUCUCAAAUAAUCUUAACUCUUUAUUUUUUUCCCGCCUUUUCCAUCUUGAUAUAAGUCGAAGAAACGGAGCUAAACUAACAUCAGAGCCAGGACUCCAGUUAGGACUUUUCUAAUUUUUCUGUAAGCAAAAAAUAAUAAUAAUAAAUUAAUAAAUAAACAAAUAAACAAAAAUGAAAUAAAAUAAAAGUAAAAAAGGACUCGUAACCGGCCCUCACCUUAACCCUAACCGUAACCUAACCCUAACCCUAAUACGAGGCAGAACUCUAACCCUAACCCUAACUACAGCUUACCUUCCAUGAUUGCCACGAAAACCCUCCUCUUCAUGGUCAUGUGACUUGCAGGAGGUGAAAAUGGCGGGAAAGCGAAAAAUUGUCGAGUCCUGCGUCGAGUCCUGGCUCGAAGUCCUGGCUCGGUAUAUAGGCAUCCUCAAGGAAACGUGGUUGAAAUGCCCGCCUAAGCUGUUUAUUUCUCUACAUAAAAAUCUCCCACCUGCAACAAACUCGGGGAGCCACCUUCCCCUUACAAAAGGCAGAAACCUCAAAACGUCUGGAAUAUGUCAGUUCAUCCAGGAAGGGGUUUCACCCUUAGUGCACUAUGACAUAAUUUACAAGUUUGUUACAAGCAUUUUGUAGUCUCUCAAUGUUUAUUUACUUAAACCAUUUAAAAGCCACUUUAGUGGAGAUUGUCACUCUUACUUUUAAAUCUAUAGACGAAAUUGUUAUUCUUCAAAUUAAACCUUUUGGCGGAAGUUUAGCAUGGUACCUUUAUUUCUUGGGAUUUCGCAAAAAGGAGUUUAAAUUUUCUGUGAAUUUUUCGGUUUGCUACUAUUGGGAGUGAAAGGGUUAAAGGGGCACGAAUAAUAAUAAUCAUCAUCAUCAUCACACGUUCAGAUAAUUCAGCUAACCCGAUUGUGUUGCAUUAAGCUGGUUGCCGUAAUAUUCGCUUCUCAACUUGCUUUUGGUCAUAACACAAUUGUCUGUUUGUUACAUCAGAAACAAUUGUUGGUGUCAACAAAUAUCGCUUGGAGAAGGAAGAAGCCAUUGACGUGCUUGUUGUGGACAACACCAAAGUUCGAGAACAACAGGUUAGAGAUUAAUCCUUUUAAUUUUGUUUUGGAGACAAAGUCAAGUAUUUUGUCCUUACAACUUCAGCCAACCUAAACCUCCUUACUCUUCCUCCUAAUGUGCUGGAUGUGAUCUUUACAAUGCCUCUCCUUCACUCUUUAUUAGACUCUGAGUUAGUCCGUAAUUCGGAAUGCCGACGCAAAGGCCGACCGAAGGGCGAAGUUGUAAUGGAGAUAUUUUUGCUCUAUGUUAUCUUUAAGUUUAUAUUUGUUUAAAAGAGAUUGCAAAGCGUUACUAUAAACACACCUGUCAUAAAAAAAGACUUCAAGACAGUUAAUUCUUGAACUUUAAACUUCAAAUUGCUGCACACAUAGCGCGAAAAACCAUAAGCGUGAAUUUUUGACCGUACACGUGCGAAACUAACACUUCUGAAGGCUCUUCCCAGUCUCGCGCGAAGAACCGUGCGUGUGAAUUCUCGUGUGUCAACGGAUGAGCCUCACACCUCCGUAAGCUCUUCCCAGUCUCACGCAAAACACCGUAAGCGGCAAUUCUUGAGUGUGAACGGGCGAGACUCUCACCUCCUUAUUAGUCUCUUUCUACUCUCGCCGUCUGUUUCAACCCCUGAUUUUACCUAUUGUUUCUCCACUGCGAAAAUACGAUUGUUUUGCGGUGUAACCUUAUCCUGACUUUUUGUUUUCCGUUUCAGGUGGAAAAACUUAGACGAAUUAAAGAAACACGAAAUCCAGACGAGGUAAAGGCACUUCAAUCUGUUCAUGUAGUUGAUCUCACGUUUGUCUAUGGUAAUGUUCGAGACUUAAACCUGGUAUUAUAAACUAUAACUCUUAUGUGACGUUUGUGAGUGAUUUAAUUCAAAACUCCUUCAGGUGAAAAGUGCUAUGGAUGCAAUUUCUGAAUGCUGCAAAACUGGAGAAGGCAACCUUCUUGAUCUUUCCAUCAAGGUAUCAAACUGAGAGUUUAUUUUCAAAUUAAUUUACAACAUGUUACAUCGGUCUUGUGCUGGGAAAUCUUAGCGUUUAGAAGCAAGGUUCGAGAAUUAAGAAUUCCCAAAUGUUUAACCGAAGUUAUAAAGAAGUUUAAUUUCAACGUGUUGAACAACCGAUGGUAUGAAUUUUCUGUUUUAGGCUGCAAGAGUUCGUUGCACAGUGGGUGAAAUAACCGAGGCAAUGGAAAGGGUAGGAGUUCAACAUGAACUUUAGAAGUUAAAAACGUUUCAAAGUGGAGAUUACCGCUUAUUAAAUGUUAGUAAAUGUUAACCGCACUUUCAACAAAAGAUGAAACACCAUAAUAUAAUAAAUAGUAUCACAGGAAAGUUCUACACAAUAGCUUUCAUUUUAAUUGUCACACGUUAUACUUUCACCCCGAUACCUAAGUGAAGAACGCGAAGUGUGAACCUACUUAAAUUAUAAUAACAUUUCAAUCCAAAAACGUAUUUUUAUUGCACCGCACUAUGAGCAUCAAAGAGCAAGUAGAGUCUAACAUUGCUACAUAAAACGUUUUAAAUUUUUAAGUGUUUUAUUUUGUAAUAUUUUCACUUUUUCCUUUUAUAUUUGCGAAAUAUUUUAAUUUUUAUGCUUUUUAUGGUAGUAAGUUUAAUAUUAAUUGUCUUCGUAACGACGUUCCUGAAAAUCACUUCAUGUGACGGGAACUUCCUCUACAAAGAUUAUCAUCAUCAUCAACAUCAUCAUCAUCAUCAUCAUUAUUAUAAAUGUUAUUAUUUUUAAUGCUUCCAUUGCAUCGUAUCACUUAUGACAGGUGGUUGGAAGGCAUGUUGCCAGCGAUCGCAUGGUCAGUGGUGCUUACAAAUCCGAGUUUGGCGAAUCAGAUGAGAUUACCCAGUGCAUGAAAAAGGUCGAGGUGAGUUAUUUUACAUCCUUUUGGUCCAUGUUUGCAACUGUAUUGCAGCACAGUAUUCUUUGUCCGUUAGGUAUACCUCUAGAUUGCUGAACGAUUUUGACAUCUGUCACAAAAAACGUACCCUUAAUGUACUAAUACAUUUUUUUCUCUUCUCGUUUGUGUCUUAUUCCAAACCAAGGCCUUUGUGGAACAGGAAGGCCGUCGUCCCAGAAUACUGGUGGCUAAAAUGGGCCAAGAUGGACACGACAGAGGCGCUAAGGUGAUCGCUACUGGUUUUGCUGAUCUCGGAUUUGACGUCGAUAUUGGACCACUUUUCCAGGUCAGUGAUCAGGAUCUUAAAGGGGCUGUGUCACGGCAGUCCAGUUCAUUUUUUUUAAUUUUGCCAAUUACUCGCCCUCAAUCGGUAUGGAACUUAAAGUUAGCAAGGAAAUUGUAUGGAAAUAACAAAAUCAGAGAUUCGAGACAGACAAAUAUGUCCCGUGAGCAUUAGUUUUGAAGUUGCAAACAGCAGAGAUAAACUUUGAAAAACUGUUAGGCUGAACAGUUUUCAAAAACCCUCAUUUCAAUCCGUUUCAAUCUUCUUCAGUUUUGCCCAUCCGUGGCAUCUGUUGUAUCUGUUAUGUUAUUUUAACCUUCCUUUAAUGUUUUAAGCGGUUAUUUUUAUGUUUCAUUUAAUUUAACUGGCAUUUUGCAAUAACCUGAUUUGGCUGAAUUUCGUGACACAGCUCCUUUAACUCAUCAACAUUUACAGUAUUACAGGACUGCCCUUAUAACACCAGGGAAGCCUUAGCUUCGUACCACAUUAAGCCACUUGUAAAACUUUCUUUUUCUCCGAAAUCGUAUCUACCUGGCACUCUGCCCGUCAUAUGUGGAAGCCUCUGCUCCCCUGGGCAGUUUAUAUUUUUUGAGCCGUCUCAACUAUAAUUGGUCUUUGUGUGUUGACUAAUGUUAGCUUUCUUUGUUAAGAGCCUCAUUUUUCUCGUCUCAGACCCCCAAGGAAGUGGCGCAGCAGGCGGUGGACGCAGAUGUACAUGUGGUGGGAAUCAGCUCCCAGGCCGCUGGACAUAAAACACUCUUACCUGAGCUGAUCGCCGAAAUGAAGAAAAUGGGAAGAGGGUAAGGCGCACUAUACUUCAAGGAGUCCCUCUCACUCUUCCCACCCCCCCCCCCCCCCCCCCCCCCCCCCCCCCCCCCCGACCCCCCCCCCAAACCCAACACAACCAACCCAGAGGGCGCGGUCAAGUACGCACGCCCGUGCAGGAAGGGGAGGGGGGGGAGUGAGGAGUGGGCAGAGCGCCCCCACUCGCCACCGCCGCGGGUAGGAUGGUAAUGUGACUGGGGGGGGACAUGGCCCCGCGGGUGCGGGAAAAAAAACAUCCCUUCCUGCGCUGACUGCCAAAAAAAAAAAAAGUGGAAAGGGGGAGGGCCGCCCAUCCCCAAAGGGCCCCCCCCCCCCCCCCCCCCCCCCCCCCCCCCCCCCCUGUGCAUUAACUGAUAUAAGUGAACCGCCGAACAACUCAGCAGGAUCAAUUUUGGGGGUCUUCGACCUAACCAUAGGGUUGCAGAGGGAGGCAGUUUGAGUAAGCUGACUUUAGCGACCUUACCCUUCAGGCGCGAGGUGUAAUGUAUGAACCUGUCAGUGAUUUCCUUUGCAACUGACUACUACCCUUUUCAAGGUACGGACAACUUUAGUUUUUGCAGAUUAGGUGAUCAUAUUCAAGUAGUUUUAUUAAAACCUUGCAGCUCGUAUAAAGAAGUGAAUCUUCUUCUCUAGUUUAGGCGAUUUGAAACACAAUGCAGAGUGGCAAACAUGUGGCUACGUAGGACAAACGUUUAUAAUUAAACGGUACUUCUCCGCAAGAGAACUAGACGAAGUGUGUUGUAUUCUCUUAACAGUUUUCCUAAUAAUCUCGCGGCACGAUUUUUAGGGACAAAGCAAGCUUCAUUUACUGCGCCCACCCUCCCCCCGCCCCCCACCUUCUCUACCUUGUUAGUGUUUCACCGUGUUUUCUGUUCUGGCAGCGAUAUCGUUGUCGUGUGUGGCGGUGUGAUUCCUCCCCAAGACUAUGAUUUCCUACAUCAAGCUGGAGUUCACGCUGUAUUUGGACCCGGUAAGAUGACUACAUGAUAGCAAGUAGAUUGCACAACUUGAUCUAUUUUGCUAUAAAUUUGGUGUUAGUCCUGGGGGUGGAAAAAAGAAAUGCUGGCUUACACUAGCGCGGAGACGGAGUCGUAAUCACAAGCGUAGGUCUUGAUGAUCUACUGAAAAGAGCGACUGCGGCGUUAACGAUCAAGUGAAAAUUGUAGGUUGUCGCAUUCGCAAGCAGAAGCAGAAGAACUAAACCAAUCACAAAGCGCGGGAAUGUGCAUUGUGACUGGUUUAUCCUUCCGCUUCUGCUUCCGACUCCGACGAUUUGGUUUUGAUUAGAUCAUAAGCGGAACGUAAGCGACGGAGUCGUAAGUGGAGUCCGAAGAAAUGGAAACGUUUACGUUUUAUGUUCUUAGUCGGUAGGAUGAUCAUCCGUCAUUAAUCAUUAGGUAGAUUGAGUGAAGACAAUGCAGCGUCAAACGAGAAAGCGAAGCGCACGGAAAAGGCUGAACGUGACUCAGUGUCUUGCUCUGCUAUUGGUCACGUCGAUUUUUAGCUCUGUGCGACUCGCUGUCCCUUUAGUCACGUUGUCUUUAAUGUGUCGAUGGUGCUGAUGAUGUUGAUGAUGAUGGUUACGGUACUGUUGAUGGUGUAUGUUUUGCAUCACCUUUGUAGCCCCGGGAUGAUGUUUGCCAAAGUCCCGAAAUAGAAGUUAAAAAUAAUACUUUUCUGACUAAUAAAGUUACGUCAUUGAGGUAGCCAUUAGCAUUUCAAAGUUUGAAUUCCAAAAAUUGGCACUACUACACUUGAACAUCUUAACAGCAGACAUUACAGUCGAACCUGCACUGACGGCUACCCCUCUACAAAGGUCCCCUUUUUCGUCCCGGCGGACAGUCCAUGCAAUGGCUCUUGUUUAAACCUCUCUACAACGGCAACGGCCUCUAAAGCGUGUCCCCAACUGCCAAAGUAGGGACCUUACGAUCCGACAACAGCGGCGUCCAUGAAAACGUCGCUGAAAAACAGACUUCGCGUCAUUUUAAACUUUUUCGCGAUUAUCUUAAUUCUCCCUGUUACUUAAAAGAAGGGGAUUUUGGCUGGAGCUGAAGAGAGGGCAACGCGCUCACGUUCGGACAGAGAUGGUAAAAUUUAUCGCCUUGCCGUUCCCGUUCCCAAGUAAACUUAAAAUUUGGUCACUUCACGUCGUAGUUGUGCGGUGAAGGCAAAGAAGUAUACAAAAAAGCGUGAUGCGCGUGCAGAGUUGUUGUUUUGCUCAUUAAACCUAUUGUUUUUUGACGUUCCCGUUGCCGUCGUCGUCGUGGUUUCGUAAGGUCCCUAACAGCCUCUCGACAACGGCGAGUUUUUUCAUCUCUGAUGAAAAAGUCAAGAAUGGUCAGGAAAUUUGACCCGUAUGGCACGUUGAAAAUUAAUCGCGGCAUGCAAUCGUAUUUUGUUUUGUUUUGUUCCAUUUAUACUGCUGCAGUGAGCAUAAAUUGUCUACGAUACUCAUAGCGAAUGUUGCGAACCUUGCCCUUUUUGUCACGCUAACAUUUUGAUUCAAAACAGUAUUCAUGUUUUUAUAUGAAUUUUAUGUGUAUAUAUUAUAUAUGAUUAGAGUACCAUUAUGGGAUACAGCAAGCAUGAAAUUAGAACAAUAAACAUACUUCGUACAUAAACGUAUUUCCUAAAAAAAUGUCAUAUUACACCUUUACUUCCUCAUAACGGCCACCUCUUCACAACGGCCACUUUCUUCUGUCCCUAAGGUGGCCGUUGUGUAAAGGUUUAACUGUGGGUCUCGAUCAUUGACAAGUAACAUGACAUCUCUCUCUACCUUUCUAGGUACGCGAAUACCAGCUGCCGCUAUGGACGUACUUGAUGCUGUAUUAAAUAAUGAUCCGGGAGAAAAGACCACCGCUUGAGUAAACAGUGCACAGCUUGGGAAUGUGGCGAUGCCCUAGUAUUGACUUAUCCCACUCGAUCUUUUCUGUGGUUGCUAAGAAACAUGUAACGUCUAGGAUCCGAAAAAAAAACGCCCGUGUUUUAACGAAUAGGUUUUUUUCGUAAGAGGUACUUUAUUUUCUUAAGAGUUGAGUAGUGAGCCUUGUAGUGUUUUAAGAGAGCAACGGCCUGUGAGAUCCUCAAAUUAUGUGGUGACUAUUGUAGUGGCUACUAAUCUAAUUCGU